CAGUGACCAGUAGUGAGGGGUAGAGGGGACCACAGUGAGGAUUCCCCCCCUCCUCCCCCUUCCACUCGGAGCACUUGGUUUAUCCCACACUACUUCCUCGCAUCGUGCGCGUCAGGGUUGUCGGUGUGACCGGAGUUCCCUUCCGCUGGCAGGCUGCUGUCACACAGCCACCAUGUUAUCCCAUUCCCGGUGUCUCACCAGGAAUUUUGGCCGUUCCUUCUCUGCCAUCCGCCAGGGGAAUAAUGCAUUAGCUCGUCGGGCCACGGCAGCUCUAUCAGCUAGCCAUUCUAUUACUUUGAACAGCAAUGUAAAAUCUGAUCCCCGGUCCAACGUCUUCCAAAUCCAGUACUUCAGGACGUCUGUAGCCUACAGAGAUGAAGUUGUCACAGUCAAGACCCCUGCGUUUGCAGAAUCUGUCACAGAGGGGGACGUGAGGUGGGAGAAAGCUGUUGGAGACACCGUUGCUGAGGAUGAGGUGGUGUGCGAAAUUGAGACUGAUAAGACAUCAGUGCAGGUUCCCUCUCCUGCUGCUGGGGUGAUUGAGGAGCUUUUGGUCCCUGAUGGGGGGAAGGUCGAGGGAGGAACUGCGCUCUUUAAGCUUCGAAAAGGAGCUGGUGCUCCCAAAGCUGCAGAAGCUCCAAAAACAGAGGCCCCGGUGGCUGCAGCCCCUCCACCACCUUCUGCUACUCCCCCUCCACCUUCUCCCCCCUCCGCUGUGGGCCCCAUUCCCACCACUAUGCCCCCUGUGCCACCUGUGCCAGCACAUGCUAUGGACAGCAAACCAGUUUCCACCAUCAAGCCGACUCCCGCUCCAGUUGCACCAACGGCUCAAGCUGAGGGAGGGGCUAAAGCAGCCAGGACAGAGAGCAGGGUUAAGAUGAACCGCAUGAGACUGAGAAUUGCCCAGAGACUGAAGGAAGCCCAAAACACCUGCGCUAUGCUGACUACGUUUAAUGAGGUCGACAUGAGCAACAUCACAGAGCUGAGGAAGACUUACAAAGAUGCCUUCCUGAAAAAGCAUAACAUCAAGUUGGGCUUCAUGUCUGCGUUUGUGAAAGCUGCUGCCUACGCUCUGGCUGACCAACCUGCUGUCAAUGCUGUAAUUGAUGACACAACCAAAGAGAUUGUGUACAGGGACUACGUCGACAUCAGUGUGGCUGUGGCCACGCCAAAGGGUCUGGUGGUUCCUGUAAUCCGAAGCGUAGAGGGAAUGAAUUUUACUGAUAUUGAGAAGGCCAUCAAUUUGUUGGGAGAAAAGGCCCGCAAGAAUGAGCUGGCUGUUGAAGACAUGGACGGAGGAACCUUCACCAUCAGCAACGGUGGCGUGUUUGGGUCCAUGUUCGGCACACCUAUAAUCAAUCCACCACAGUCUGCUAUUUUAGGCAUGCAUGGCAUUUUUGACAGGCCUGUAGCAGUCGGUGGCAAGGUGGAGAUCCGUCCCAUGAUGUAUGUUGCCCUGACGUACGACCAUCGUCUGAUUGAUGGAAGAGAGGCCGUCACUUUCCUGCGCAAGAUCAAGUCAGUGGUGGAGGACCCCAGGGUGCUGCUCCUUGACAUGUAAAUCCUUGUGCACUCUUGGCCCAACCAAAUAAACCACCCUAAACAAACAGUGGCUGUAUUCACCUGAUGAACAUUACCGUAACUGCAGAUGUUGUAUUGGUUAACUAGAAAAAUAAUUUUUGGAGAACAGUUGAGUUGUACAAUGGACAUUUGUAAGGCAGCCAGUGAUAAACCGUUCACUGCUAUUGUGGAGAAAUGUCGGGGUCUGUGGUGCUGGUCUCUAGAUCAAAAAAGGAUAUUCUAUUACUUCCGCGCCAAAUGUCAUUUUAUUACUUAUUGAGAGAUGAAUGACAAACCUAGAUGAACUCCAUAGUAUCAUUUCAUUAUUUUGGUUGAGAGAAGAAUAAUAAACACACAUUGGGCCAGAAACCAAGAAACACUAUGUUCUUAAAUGUCCAAAGUGAAGAAAUUCUCUGAGAAUUUAUGCUAUCUGUUUCUCAAAAAUGAGGGAAAUUCUCUUUAUGCUGUGUAAGAAAGACUAUUUAAAAAAGAAAGUUUUAAACAAUAAAAACUGCAUUACUCGA